UUCGCUUUUAAACGUUUCGGGAGCCUUCGAAAUAAAAAAGAUAAAAACCUAAAGAAGGAGAAAAAUCCCAUUGCAACAGUUCUUAGGGGCUUGGACUCGAUGAUCUUGAGGUCUCUUCCAACCUAGAAAUUCUGUGAGAACUACAAAUCCCGAGAGGCAGCGGGGCGCCGGCGCAUGCGCGGUGUGUGCGGUGUCGCUGCCGCACGUGUGUUGGCGAGCGGGCAGCGCGGCCCUGAGGUUAUUUUAUUUCGGUUCGAGUCUGCAGUCCGGCUCAUCGUGCAGUACUUGAAACAACUGUACCAGCACCAAGGGUUUGAGAGAGAAGGGAGACGCUUCCCCUGAGAGAAAUACCCAUCCAGUUCUGCUCUGUCUGUGUGAGAGCAGAUCCAGGCCGCCCCAGACCCGUUGCUUUCUUAUAAAUGGGCAGAUUUUGGUAUCCUGCAGACUGCUCCUAACAGAAGGAAGAGAACUGUAACUACUCACAAAUGCUUCUUGUCAGAAUGAAUUUCCUACAGCUACUAUGCAGGAAACCCGAGAGACUGGAAAUGGUUUUUCAACUACGGCAUUGCAAAAAGCAGUUCCCAUACAUGUGUCUGGCUACCUCCGCUUGUCUUUACAGCAAGAAGAAAAAAGUGAACGGUUAUGAGCAAGUUGAUCAAGAAAAAUAUAAAAGCUUGGUCUUCUCUGUUACAUCUUACAAAGCCAGUGCCCAAACACCAGAGACAAUACUUGAAGAAGACGGUUUGUUAUACGGACAGCCACUUAAACACGCACCUCCAGAUGAAGCUGAAACAAAAACUCCCAAGAACUGGAUUCCUCUCAUAAACCCCAACAAGAGGACUCCGCUUCUUGACAGCGACUCCAGCCUGCCCAUGAAAAUUGCUUUGCAGAAAACAAAAAUCCCCAGCGUUACCCGUAUCCUUCAACAGACCAUCCCUCCGCAGCAGGCCUUUUACCUAGAAAGGUGGAAGCAGAAAAUGAUAGAGGAACUUGGGAAGGAUGGCUUUGCAGAGUAUACUAAAAAUCUUUUCCUCCAAGGAGAGCUCUUCCAUGCAGCUUUGGAAUCUAUGUUUUUGCCUGAAGAGUCGGCAGCUAAGGAGCAGGGAGAAGACGCUGCUAUUUCUGGCUACUUAUCAAGCGUGCAACACGUCUUAAAAGACAUCAGUGAAGUCAGAGUUCUGGAAAGCGCAGUUCAGCAUGGAACUCUUCAGUAUCUGGGCCUGGUAGACUGCGUGGCUAAGUAUCGAGGCCAGUUGUGUGUGAUUGACUGGAAGACAUCAGAGAAACUGAAGCCGUCUCUGAAGAAUACUUUUGACAACCCACUGCAGGUUGCAGCGUAUGUUGGGGCCAUCAAUCACGAUGCCAAUUACGACUUCCAGGUCAGUUGUGGACUCAUAGUGGUUGCCUAUAAGAACGGUUGCCCCGCACAUCCGCACUUCAUGGGUCCAGACCUGUGCUCACAGUACUGGAAUAAGUGGCUUCUGCGCCUCGAGGAAUACAUGGACAGAAACUGACCCAAACUAAGCUAUACAGUGGUCAAGGCAAGUGGUCUGAGCACAGAUCCAAGGCACACAUCAUUUUUUUUUAAUCUUUUUUUUUUUUUAUACUGUAAGAAAUAUUCUUUUUCUAGUAACUUGAGCUAAUUUCUUAUUAUCAUCUUUCCCCUUAGAAAAAAAAAAAAAAGGAAAGAAAAAUGCAAACGGGGAAUGUAUAUUUGCCUAAGUUGUAGGAGACUUCAGUUAGUUGAAUUAUCCUUUUCUCAUUUUUGAGAAAAAGCUGUUGCAGAGCUGAGACUCUGAAAACGGGAUGGGUAAACGAAAGCAAAACAACAUCUGCACCGUCUGAGCUGAAAGAAAUGUAAACAACGAAUGAACAUAGUAGACUGGGUUUCAGUCAGCUUAGUUCUUGCCCAUUUCAAAGAUAGCCCUUAAUGGGUCUGUUACUAUUUGUAUUUUUUGUUACAGCAACAGUUGGAAAAACUGCACUGUGAAUUACAACCAAACUCAUAAGUACUUGUUUAAAAUACUGAGUAAAAGCUGAUUGUGUAACAGAAGUGGCUGAGGAACAGGGGGGCAGAAUUGUAACUGGUACACUUAAAAAUUUCCAGCAAGUGUUCUGGAAGGUGGGAAGGUUGCUGCUGGUAAAUCCUCCUGCAGGGUUCUUAACAGGUUGUGUAGCCCACGUAAAAUAAAUAUGAAAGUGGAAACGGGCUUUGUGCCCUAGGUUGUGACCUUACAGUGGGCUCUGCAGGCCGGGUCUGCGACUGUCUAGGGCUCCUCUGACUUUGCUGUGGGUCUGAGGGGACAAGGAGCCUUCCCAUAAGGACCUAUCUGCAGUGUCAGGUUGUAGCGUUUGCCAGGCAAGUACAUUUCCUUAUAAUAGUCACAGACCUGUGACUUUGAAGCUGAGCCUUCUGAGGAACAAAGAGCUGUUUGUUUGUUUUUUUUGUUUGGUUGUUUUUUUUUGAAUUGGUCUUGUUUAUUUGUUUUCAAGUAAGUUUGUGAAUAAAUAUCCUGAAACAGAA